AUGACCAAGUUUUCUAAAAUUCUUGAAGCUGCAGAGAAUUCAAGUUAUGAAAAAAGAGAGCAGGUUCUACUUGGCUUCAAGAAAUGGCAUACAUAUUUUUCUGACAAAAUUUCGAGUCCUCUCGGAAUCAAGUCUAUUUCGAGAGAAAAGUUGUUAUUGCUGAGAAGUGAUAUGAAAUACUUUCAUGAGAUGAUCACUCAAGAUUAUGCACGAUAUGAGGGGUCAUUAUUCUUAACUACUCAAGAAGAUCUACUGGAGGCAGAGCAGCUGCAACACAAGUGGACUGAUCUCACUCUAAUUCUGUUCGAACGUCACCGGUGGUCAGAUAAUGAUAAAAUGCCUGAGGAGACAAAAAUGGAAGAAUUAAACAAUAGUGCGAAAAAACUGUCUCAACUUUAUACGACCAUGCUAACAGGGGAUAAUGGAACUGCUUGGUCUAUAAUGAAGCUACAAGACCAGCUUGAAUCUUAUCGGGUUAAGUUCGAUUAUGCCAAUAUGGAAGAUGUAGGAUCUAUAGAAUUUGAUUUGCUGAAGCUUCAUGAGCAAUUACCCACUUUGAUAACACUCUUGGAGGAUGCGAUGAAUCUAGCAACAUUCUCACAAACCGAAGAGGAGAAACAAAAUAAGAAGUAUUCUGUCAGUCGACAUCUUGGAGAAGUAACUCAAAAGAUGCAGGAUUGGUUAUUGGAACUAUUUAAGAUGAUAACCCACAUGGACACUAAGCUCACUAAGCAGAUUGUCAUCAUUCAAAGUGCAAUGAGUCACCUGUUGGUAAACCUAUUGCUUCAAAUGGUGCACGAUCCAAUUGCUAAUAUCAGAAAAAAAUACUUCAAACACCUCGCUUAUCCGGAUUCACCCGCAAAACUGGAGGAGAAAGCUCUGAUGGUAGCUAGUCGGCUGAAUAUCUUAUCAACACAGAUGUACAAUUGGUGCAGAGAUAUAGUUGAGGAAUUGGUGAAGCAACGGUCAGCAAAGCACCUUGAAGAUCCUGACAACGAACUGAAGGAACUUGAAAAGCUCAAGGUGGAAAGCACUGAGUGGAUAAACAUCUGUGAGAUGCUGCUUUCUGAAAUUAAGCAACAACCAGUCCAUUUGUUGUCAUCCAGACAAGACGAUGUACAGUCACAAAUCAACCUGACACGUGACCUAUGCGCUGCUUGCUUGCGGGGUUCACCCACUGAAAUACUUGGCAUGCAUGACUCUGAUCUAUCUGUGCUAAUACCAGGAGAAACAGAAAGUGAUGAUGGACCAAAAACUAUUGCAUCCUUCCAGAAAUUGAGCAACAUUGACAAAUCUGAGACUGACAUGCCAGGUGUUCACAUUGUCAGUGAUACCAGUGUGACUGAAGAUAGCUUAUCAUUGUCAAAAUCAAGAAGUCCACAAGAAAUUGAAGGAAGAAAAGAUGUUGAGGAUCAAAGUCCUGGACGGGUUGAAAGUCAAUUAAGUCAUAGUUAUGAAAAAUCCAUCCUGAAAUUUAUCGGUGAUGAUACUAACAUCCAUGAAAGAGACCUGAAAGAAACUCCUGUUCCUCUGUUAAAGGUUGGUAUUGAAGCGGUUGUUCCUAAAAACCCCAAGUCAAUAAAGGCAUUUGAGGCACUAACUGCUAUGGGAAUAUUACAGCAGCAACUUAUAGAAACAGAACAGCGUGCCAUGUAUGCUGAGGAACGGGCAACGCUUCUGGAUGAAAGUCUACAUGAGGCUUUGGAUAAAAUUAAGGAUCUAACAUUACAGUUGAAGGCAGAAGAAUCAAAGGAGCAAAUUCCAAAGCCAAAACAAAGUGAGUUUAUGACCAAAGAGGCGAAGUUUCAUAGCCACCAUUAAUAUAGUUCAUGGAGAAUUUCAAACGAUAGCUUUAAU